UAGUCGUGUCGUCAUUUCCUCUUGUCAGCCGGUACACUUCCGGAAGAAGCGGAAGACAACAGUGGAAAUUAAUAGCUCACGAUAUUUUUUGCAUAAGAAAACUGAAAUUUUAAUUUGAGCCUUUUGACAACCAAAGACCUGCGUUGUCGACAUGUUUUCCUUCCACGUAUUUGACCACCCGUUGACAAGAGGGUUUCAGAACCGCUUCUCCACUCAGUAUCGCUGCUAUUCAGUGUCCAUGCUGGCAGGUCCCAAUGAUCGCUCCGACGUGGAGAAGGGAGGCAAAAUAAUAAUGCCACCUUCAGCUCUUGACCAGCUCAGCAGGCUUAACAUCACCUAUCCGAUGCUGUUCAAACUGACCAACAAGAACUCAGACAGAAUGACACACUGUGGUGUUCUGGAGUUUGUUGCAGAUGAGGGAAUCUGUUACCUGCCCCACUGGAUGAUGCAGAAUCUCCUGCUAGAGGAAGGUGGUCUGGUCCAAGUGGAAAGUGUUAACCUUAUGGUGGCCACUUACUCAAAGUUCCAGCCACAGAGCCCCGACUUCCUGGACAUUACGAACCCAAAGGCAGUACUGGAGAAUGCACUGAGAAACUUUGCCUGUCUGACAACUGGUGAUGUCAUAGCUAUCAACUACAAUGAAAAGAUAUAUGAGCUGCGAGUAAUGGAGACCAAGCCGGAUAAAGCUGUAUCCAUCAUUGAGUGUGAUAUGAAUGUGGAUUUCGAUGCUCCUUUGGGUUACAAAGAACCUGAACGACGAGCUCAGCACCAGGAAGAACCAGCGGAGGAAGAAGCAGAUCCCAGCGAUUAUGCUGACAUGGACACAGGAUUCAGAGCUUUUACUGGCUCUGGUAAUCGUUUGGAUGGUAAAACAAAAGGGAUUGAGCCCAGCCCUGCCCCUCUUGCCCCAAGCGACAUCAAAAGAGGCAUUCCCAACUACGAGUUUAAAGUUGGAAGGAUCACCUUCAUCAGAAACUCGAGGCCCCAGGCCAAGAAAACUACAGACGAUGAUGAUGCCAUGAACAGAUUCAUUGCCUUCUCUGGACAAGGACAGUCACUACGCAAGAAGGGCAGAAAGCCUUAAAGUAUUGCAGGUGGAGAGACUGGAUAAAGUGCACAGGCCCACCAUAUCUAUUAUCACCUUCAACAGCAAAGUAAAACAACUGGCCUUGAGAUGGUUUUGUGUCUAUGUCACUUUGGAAAUGGAGGUUUUGCUGUUGAAUAAGGAUUAUAGUAUGUAAUUAAAAAUCUGAGUAGUAUUUUUCUCAGCAGAAUCUGAACUGCAUAAAAUACUCAGAUGUAUUCACAAGUCCUGGGUGGCUAAUUUGAGCCAGGCAUAGCAGAUUAUAUCAUCACACCACCAACACCAAGAUUAAUUUGUGAAAUAUGGUUGUAAUACAUAUUUGAAUUACCAUGGACUUAGAGCAUUUUCCCCUAUUUUUCAUAAUUGUUGAAUUUUUCCAGUUCACUUUAUAUAUAUAUUGCUAUCUAGAAUCCCAGUCUUAUGAUAAAUGGGAGCGAUGGCUCUCUCUAUGCUUUAAAUAAAUUUAAUGCUGUUAAUUUUUUUUUUCUGAAUUAUAUAAAUGAUGAGCAAGUUCCUUUUUUCUCUUUUUCCUGGUUUAUUUAUAGACAAAUAAAGGACGGUGUUUUGACACUGGCCGGGGCUAAUAAUUUUGGGAUUUUUCUUGACUUCAGUUAAAAACAUUUAUUUUGGAAUAAGUGGAUGAUUAUUCAUUGGAUGUCUAGCUCAAAUUAGACAAUGUAUGGCAUGGAAAGAAGUUAUAAGUAAGCAAUUGCUACCUUAUUAUAAAAUCAACAGAAAUAAGAAAUCUCCAUAUUUGUCUAAAAACAGACUCUAUUGUGGGAUGUUGGGGGGUGUACUUACCUUCAUUGGUACACACUCCUAUUGUUUAUUUGCUGGUCAACCAUUUGAACCCAAGUGAGGAUUUUCACAAUAACUGCUGUAGAACGGUGUGGUGGCGCUUUUGUUGUGAAAAGAAAUUGAACCGGAAGUGUUCCCGUUUAAGCUAGCACAACUAAUGUUAACCAUGGAUCGGUCUGGACAGAAACUAUGGCGGCCACCCAGGGCAUGUGAUGACUAUUGGAGUGAGUUCAGACACUGCAAAAGCUUGUGGAACCGUUUCCACCACUACUACACCCAUGGUAC